CACCAUGGUGGCCCUCACGUUCUCCGCCCUCGCCCUCCUCUCUGCGCUGGCGGCACUCGCCCCUGCCGACGCCCGCCGCAUUCACCCUAACGGCAACACGGGAUACUGUCUCACGCAAACCGGCAGCCUCAACUCGGGGAACAUUAAUGACGCCUCCGUCUCCCUGCAAAUCUGCGACGGCCGCGCCUCUCAGAACUGGGAAGCGGGAAACGGGCGCACCCAGUUCCGCAUGGGCGGCAAGUGUCUCGGCCCACUGACUAACUAUGACGGCACUUCAUGGGUUUUCUACUACUGCAGCGAGCGGUCCACCAUGGACACAGCCCCCGGUGGCAAGUAUCGUCAGCGCGGGCCGAUGGGCCGGUACAUGUGUCUCGAUGUGCCGCACGGGAUUGUGCGCCCCGGUCAACGCGUGCAGGGAUGGCGAUGCAGCGGGCGGGCAGAUUGGGCCUCUCAGCGAUGGACCAUGUCUGGCUAG